UUUGAGAGCUCAUCCCCACUCUUUUAAAUGAGUUGAUAGCAAGAGAUCUCUCAUAGGAGAGAUUUUUAAGAAGAGAGCCAAGAAAAUAAUACUAAUAAUAAUAAUAAUAAUAACAAUAAUAAUAAUGGUUUCAAGAGAGCAAAAGAGAGCAGCACUACUGCAUGAGAAGCUUCAACUCCUUCGUUCUAUUACCAACUCUCAUGCUGUGAACAAAACCUCCAUCAUAAUCGAUGCAUCAAAGUAUAUUGAAGAGCUUAAAGAAAAGGUAGAAAGACUCAAUCAAGAAAUAGCCACAGCAGAAACUUCAAAUCAUCAUCAUCACCAUAAUCCUAAUUUGCCUAUGGUGACAGUAGAAACCCUAGAAAAGGGAUUUAUGAUAAAUGUAAUUUCAGCAAGAAGCUGCCAAGGACUACUUGUUUCAAUUCUUGAAGCCUUUGAAGAGAUGGGUCUCACAGUUCUUGAAGCUAGGGUUUCUUGUACGGACACUUUUCGAUUCCAAGCAGUUGGAGGAGAAGUAAGAUCACAUACACAUACACAUUCUAUAUAUAAACACAAAAAAUUGAAUAAUAACACAACAUUUGUAUAUGAUCAAUCUCAUCAUUAUUAGGUGAAAAUUCAAGAGCAAUUAAUUUUUUAUAAAGUUGAUAGUUUAGGACUAUUAGAUAAUAAUUUAGUUAAACCUCUUAAAUUAUUUAACGAUUCUUAACUAUUAAUUUUAUGUGAAGUUAAUUGCAUUAUAGUUUUUCCCUAACCAUUGUUACCUUGUGUUAUUACUCCAUAGGCUUUUGGAAGUCACAUGUUGUCCUUGUAUAAAACAUUUGUUCCUCUCUCUCUCUCAUCAUCUCUCUAUUGAGGGAAAAAUAUAAAAAAGGAAUAGGAUCUAUGUAGUUA